AUGUUAACGCAAUGGGCGAAUACUUAUCGUUAUCUGUUUUGUCAACGAACGAGCUCGUUUUUAUUUUUUCCGAAUGUACUUUAUUUGCCGCAUUGUCAUUGGCGUGUUCCCAAAUGUCAUGCAAUCUGGACACCUGAGCUUGCUCAUACUUUCUUAAUCACAUUUUGUGAAAAAAAAAGAAAAGAACAAGAACAUUUUGUCAUUAUCUGA